UUAUCGUUCCAAAGUUGCCGGCAAAACUGCGUUAUUUGUCGACAUUGUGAAAUUGUUUAAAAGUAUUAAAAGAAUAAUAUGUCAACAAUCGAGAAACUAUCCAUACAAGGUGUACGCAGCUUUGGCGUUAACGCCGAAGAUAUGCAAAGCCUCACAUUCUCUUCGCCGAUUACGCUAAUCCUUGGUCAAAACGGAUGUGGCAAGACCACAAUUAUUGAAUGCUUGAAAUAUGCACUCACUGGUGAACAUCCACCCGGUAGCAGCAGCGGCAAGCAUUUCGUACACGAUCCCAAUAUAUUUGACAAAAAUGAAUCCUUGGCCCAAGUGAAAAUGCUAGUGCGCGAUCGGCGAAAUGUCCAGAUGUCCAUUUGUCGCAGCAUGAAGGUUACCAAAGUGAAGAAAAACCUUACUUUUAAAACUAUAGAUUCCACGGUCAAUUUUCUGGGUAGCAAUGGAAAGCCCUCAAAGAACAGCCAAGAAUCAAUGAGCUCUCGCGUCAUCAAUACGGAUAUGGCCGUUUCCGAUUUUAUGGGCGUGUCCAAAGCGAUAAUUAACAAUGUGCUAUUUUGCCAUCAAGAGGACUCCAGCUGGCCACUGGACGAGCCCAAGAAGCUGAAGGAGAAAUUCGAUGCGAUCUUUGGCAUAACUGAGUACAACAAAGCUCUCGAUAGGAUCAUCAAACUGCGAAAGACAGCCAUGGAGGAGUUGAAAGUAAUGAAUGAAAAACUUAAACUAUUGGAGCACCUGAAGAAAGAAAUGGAUGAGAAAACGAUGAAUCUGCAGAAGGCGCAGCGCCAAUGUGAUGACCUUAAGGAGGAGUGCAUUAAAUGUGAUGAGGAAGUGAAGCCAAUUGAUGAGCGAUUGCAGGAGAUCCGCAAUAUUGAGUGCGAAAUAGGAAAAUAUCAGGCGGAGAAAGUCAAAAUGGAUACCAAGCAUCAAAAUUGUGUGGAACAAAUAGCCAAGCUAAAGAGACACAUUAAAACGCCAUUCGAGGGCUCUCUCGUUGAAUUGGAGGCGGAGAUGCGUAGCUUCAGCCAACGAAUGUCCGAAUUAAAAUUUCAACUCACCGAUGUGGAAGAUCAGCUGCUGCAAAUGCGUAAAACGAAGGAAGAGCAACAGAAGACGCUGGCGAAACAGGACAAGGAACGUUAUAUGGCACAGCAAAAGCUAAAGAACGAACAAGCAUGCAAACAGGAACUCACAAGGCAUAUUCAGACUUUAAGUGCUCAACUUCAAAUAACUGUGGAAGCAUCUGUCGUUGACAAUCCACAAAAAUUAAGUGAACUUCUGGAUGACAUCGAUGGGAAUCUUAUGGCCAAGCAGUGUGAAAUCACAGAGCUAUCCGAACUCAAUGAUCAGGCGGAUCAAGCACGUCAGGCAAAAAUCGAUGACCUGCGCACUGAGCUAACCAAAUCGGAGCAGAGUAUAAGCACACGGGAGAAGCAAAAGGUGGACAAUGAGCGAGACAUCGAAUCAUUGGAGCUGAAUAUCAAACAAAUUGAGACAUCGCAACAGCAGCUCAAAGUGGUAGAGAAGCAAAUCGCGGAUACGGAUGAAAAAUACGAACGUUCGACGCGUAACUUCAAUCAGGAAGCUUGUCGUCAGGUUAUAGCUAGCAAAAAGGCAAGCCGAGAUAAGAAGCAGGCGCAUUUUAAGCAGCUCGACGAUCAGCUCACAUUUCUCAGCUCCAUAGCCAAGACAAUAACUGAGAUUGCACUCAAGGAGAAAGAGCUGGAGAAGAAGAAUCAUGAAAUACAACGCGUGCGCAGCAAACAUGGCGAUAAUCUGGGCAAAUUCUUUAAAGAAGCUAUAUCAAACAAUUAUCGUCGUGCCAUGCAAAAUGAAUACGAUAAGCUACGUAGAGAAAUCGAGGAAUUGAACGUAGAUGCCGAUGGUAAAAAGUUGGCGAAGCAAUCACAUGAAAUCAAGCGAAAGAAUCUAAUUGAAGAAAUCGCGCGCAUGGAGAAGGAAGUGCAGGACUCUGAAGAGCGAAUUUAUCAAAAAUGCCAUGCCAUGCCCUAUGAUGAGUUGCUGCUGCGCAGCAAGACAGCCAUAGCUAAGCUACAGCUGGAGCAUGGAGCCCUUAAGUCUGCCGAAGCCAUGUACAACAAGUAUAUACAGAAAAUAGAUGAGGAGCCCAGCUGCCCGCUGUGUCAUCACAAUAUGUCAGGGGAUGAGGCCUGCGAUUUGACUACCGAGUUAACGGAUGAAAUACAAAAGCUGCCGGAUAACAUAAGCCGCACAGAAAAGUCUUUAAAGGCUGAGCAAUCGAAGUAUGAGCAGUUGCUGCAGAUUAAGCCAACCAUUGACAAAGUUAAAGAACUGAAGGAGAAGCUGCCUAAGAAGAAGGAGGAACUUCGCAUUAUUGAACAAAGUCUAGGUGAUAUAGUCGGCGAAUAUGAAACGCUAAUGGCUCAACUUGGCGAGCCGACGCACAAUAUGGACUUGGCCAAUUCGAUGCUGGGCGAUAUGACGCUUCUAGAUGAGGCGCUCAAGGAAUCUAUGCGCGUUAAAAAGGAUUUGGAACAGCUAAAGGCUAAAUUGCCAGAGAGCUAUGAUGCCAGCGUCUCCAUAGAAGAGUUGCAAGCGCAAAAAGCAGAGGUAUCCAAAGAGGUAGAUGCUGAGUCCAAGGCGCUGGAGACAAGUCAGCAAACAUUUGAACAGCAAGUGGAAGCGUUGAAUCGCUUGCAUGAAUUCCUAAAUGGCUUAAAGGACAAACGGAUAAAGCUGCAAGAGGGCGUGCAGAAUCUUCCACAAUUGAAGGAUCGACUAGAAAAGCUUACUCGCCUGGUCAUUACAAUAAGCACGGAAAUUACUGAGCUACGAUCAAAGCUACUGCCACUUAAGCAAAGAUUAAGCGCAGCUCUAACGGAAAAAGCGCGCUUGAAGGAAAGUGGGCGAGUUAAAUUGGAGCAAUUGCAGAUUAAAUAUAUGGAAUACAAAAGCACCGAUAAGGAUAUCCAAAGAUUAAACGAACAGGCACAAGAGUUUGCCAAGCUGGAUCUAGUGAAUGCCAUCAAAAAAUUCGAUGCUGCCGUAAAUGCAACCAAAGUGGAACUUAAUAAAUUGGAUACACAAAUACAAGAAAAGAGCGAUAAAUUGGAAGCCAUUAAGAAGAAAUGCUUCGAUCAACAGGCUGAGGAGCGCGAUCUAAAGGACAAUCGCGAGCUGAAGCAGCUACAAAUGAAAGAAAGUGAAUUAAGUGAAGAUUGCCAGAAGUUGUCAAAGCAAUUGGGAAAUCUAGAUUUUCGUAGCGUCACAAAGGAGAAGAACGAACUAAUGAAGAAACGUGAUGUAGCUACCGUACGACGUGGCGAGCUACUUGGGCAGCAAGGCGAAAUCAACAAUCAAGUAAAUAAGCUACAGAAGGAGAUUAAUGAACCCAGAUAUAAGGAGUCCAUGAAGAACUAUAUGCAAGGCAAGUUCGAGGUGGCUGUGAAGCGAUGUGGAAUCGAAGAUCUUGCCCGUCAUCGCCAGGCCUUGGAUUGGGCUCUGAUUGAAUUUCAUAAGGAGAAAAUGAAUAACAUAAAUAGUUUGAUACGAGAGUACUGGCGCAUGAUCUAUCGUGGCAACGAUAUUGAUUAUAUACAAAUUAAAACGGAUGAGAGUAGCACUGAAACCUCUGCCGAUCGGCGUAAGAACUAUAACUAUUGUGUGGUACAGUCGAAAAAUAACUCCGUGAUUGAUAUGCGUGGACGUUGCAGUGCCGGACAACGUGUCCUUGGUUCACUUAUCAUACGAAUGGCCCUGGCGGAAACUUUUAGCAGUAACUGCGGUGUCCUGGCCUUGGAUGAGCCCACAACAAAUCUGGAUCGUGAUAAUAUAAUGUCAUUAUGCGACGCACUCAAUCGCAUCGUCGAAAGUCGCCAACAUCAAUCGAAUUUCAUGCUCAUUAUAAUUACACACGACGAGAACUUUAUCUCCUCCCUGGGCAAAAUAAGCGAGUAUCAUCGAGUGCAUCGCAACUCUGAAUGCAAAUCGGUUAUACAAAAAGUUCGAGUCGACGAGGGUAAUUAGAUAUAAAAGAUAUACACAUGUGACUAUAUUCCACAUAUAGGAAAUAUUUACUAUACAUUGGAAAUAGUCGCUACAUAUUUACAUAUAUAUAUAUAAGAUGAAAUGUUACUAUAUGUCAUAU